UUGAAAAUGGAGCUGAAGAAGCAGCAUCCACACGGUUAUCUAUAUGCUAUCACUCGCGGCGCCUCCGCCUCCGCGUCUGCCUCCUGGUGCAUCGGCUUGUUGAUGAUCACGGCCGCUUUCUUGGGUUGCAGUUGUGGUCGUGAGGAUCCUGGUGUGGCUGGAGUCAAUGGGGAGGACGACAAGAUCAUUAACCGGACGAGCUUCCCAUCUGAUUUCGUAUUUGGAGUGGCAUCAAGCGCCUACCAGAUUGAAGGAGCAGCGGACCAACAGGGAAGAGGGUUGAGCAUUUGGGACACCUUCACCGAACUCUUUCCAGAUAAGAUUAGCGACCACUCUUCCGGUUUUAUAGCUGAUGAAUUCUACUACAAGUUCCAGGAGGACAUAAACCUGUUGAAAGCAAUGGGAUGGGAUUUCUUCAGAUUCUCCAUCUCGUGGCCUCGUAUUGCACCUCAUGGGAAGAUAAGCAAGGAAGUCAAUAAACAAGGUGUCGCCUUUUACAACAAUCUCAUCGACAGCCUUCUUGCUGAGGGCAUUCAACCUUUUGUGACAUUGUUCCAUUGGGAUGUUCCCCAAGCACUUGAAGAUGAGUACGGCGGGUUCCUGAGUCUUAAUAUUGUGGAGGACUACAUCGAUUAUGUAAACUUUUGCUUUCAAGAGUUCGGUGAUAGAGUGAAGCAUUGGGUGACAGUAAACGAGCCCAAUUACUUUACGAUAUUGGGGUAUGCGAUGGGUAUCAAUGCACCUGGUCGAUGUUCUAGUUACAUAAAUAACUGCACAGCCGGAAAUUCAGCAACAGAACCAUACAUCGUUGCGCACCAUUUGCUUCUUUCUCAUGCUGCAGCAGUGAAACUGUACAGGGACAACUAUCAGGCUGCUCAAAAAGGGAAAAUAGGCAUGGUCAUUGCAACUUACUGGAUGACCCCUAAGUAUUCAACGAACGCCAGUAGGAAGGCUGCCUCUAGAGCAUUUGACUUUGAGUUUGGAUGGUUUGCUCAUCCUAUUACCUAUGGUGACUACCCGAAGUCAAUGAGGAGAUAUGUGGGCGAGCGGUUACCCAAAUUCACAAAAACACAGUCGGAGGCGCUAAAAGGUUCUCGUGACUACAUGGGGGUAAAUUACUACACAGCGAGAUACGUGGAUGAAUCCGCAUCCCCUUUUACUGCUCUCAAUCUAAGUUACACCACUGAUUGUCAAUGUAAUAUGACUGUUGAGAAAGAUGAAAUUCCGAUUGGCCAACCGACUGCCGAGGAAUGGUUGUACAUAUACCCAAAGGGUAUUAGAGAGUUGAUGCACUACGUGAAGAAGAACUAUCAGGAUCCAACCAUUUAUGUGACCGAGAAUGGAAUGGCAGAUGCAAAUAACAAAUCGUUGCCGCUUGAAGAUGCACUUACAGAUAGAUUGAGAAUAAGUUAUUUUCAGCUGCAUCUCUCGAAUCUCUCCAAGGCUAUCGAGGAAGGAGUGAAUGUAAAAGGAUACUUUGCGUGGAGUUUCCUAGACGACUUCGAGUGGGCGGAGGGUUAUACAACCCGAUUUGGCCUCGUAUUCGUGGAUUAUGGGAAUGGACUGAUGCGACAUAUGAAGCACUCCGCGUAUUGGUUCCAAAGUUUCCUACAAAAGGAUAAUGCAACCGUUAACUACUCCUUGCGGAGCGAUGCCUAGCAGAUUUACUUCUUGCAUGAUCGUCGUCUUCAUCGAUAUAAAUGAGUGGAGAGAGUAAUCACUGGGAUUGUUUCUUCAAGUGAAACAGAUUGGAUUUCUAUUUACCUUGAGGAUAAAGGGGCUGCGUCCCUCCAACGCUUGUUGCCAAAUGAUAGAAUAAUUUAGAAUGAAUUAUUGGAGUACGGCGGUCUUAUUGUCAGAUGAUACAAUUAAU